AUGUCCGCUGAUAUGGCAUCGUUUUCGUACCGCUCAUGUUGUAAGGGAAAUGGGCAGCGAGCAGUUAAAAACAGACGUUUACUCGCCAAAAUUUCUAGUAGGCAAUGUCCUCUUCGACGACUUCGUCCCCGCCAAGGGUCGUUGACAAUCCAUCAGCAAAAUCGAGAAUAUGGUGCGCAGGGGAAAGCGCAGGCGUGGCAUGUAUUGAUUUGUUCCAGCGGCUGCCUCUGCUCCGGCUCGUUUUUUUGCGAGAAGCUAGUGCCGGGAGUGCACAUUGCGCCUCACCGCAGCGGUUCGGAAUGGCGCCCAAAGCCAUAUCAGCUUCGGCGUGCUGGCCAAAGCGUUCCACAUCGUUGUUCACAUCACCUUUGA